AUGCCAGGCGAUGAUCUCCAUGACCAACAGCAUACUCCUCCAUCUACCGCUAUUCCUCAUCAAGCUAUAGACCCGCAACAUCAGCAACACCAGCAACAACAGCCACGGAAAAAGCGCGCCAAGAUUGUAAGUGCUUGCGGUGAAUGUCGACGUAAAAAGACAAAGUGCAAUGGUGAGCAACCUUGUCGCAGCUGCGAAAAGUCUGGAGUUGCAUGCAUUUAUCCAUCUGCUACACAACACCACGGAGACGACAAACGUAGCCAUCUCAAUAAGGCGGCAUUGGAAUCAAUUGAGGAACGACUCAAAACGAUCGAGGAUAUGCUUCGGAUGAUUCUGCAGUCAUCACAGCACAAUCCACCGGACCUUGAUCCUGCAAUGGUGCACCAAUUUCUUAACAAUACUACUGGCACUGGUAGUGGAGGCAAUGUCGUAGUUGCUUCUACUCCUCCUCCUCCUACUGCUACUACUCAGCGACCUUCAUCAAGUUCUUCAAACUCAUCCGCCUCUUCACCACCGAAUUCUUUGCAACAACAACAUUCCAUUCGUCAACCAUCUUCGCCUCCACAAUCUAUACAACAUCUUCAUCAUUCGUAUCAUCACCACCACCACCAGCAUCCAUCGUCUUCAUAUGUUCCUCCUCCUCCUCCUCCUCCACAACAACAGCAACAACAACAAAGGAUAUCAGAAUAUGAUAUUCGGCUUCCAUCUAUUCACAAUCUGUCGGCUCCUUCUUCGGGUUAUCAUCCACAUGAGCAACACCCAGAAAUGGUACCUCCUCCCGCACCUCCUGCUACCACUACUACCACCACUACUACGACUGCUACUUCUACCGCUCAGUAUCUUCAUCACCAUCAUUCAACUUCAUCUGCGGCUGUCAGUAGACCUGCUCCACUCUCACCAGAUGCUCCAUCCAUUGAGCAAGAUUAUGGUGCUUUUCAACCAGUCAAAAAGCGUAAACGAUAA